AUGCUCCUCAAUUUCCAGUAUGCGAAGACGACAGGCCAGAGAGAGGACUCGGGUGCAUCGCCGGUAACCCUCGAGCCAAGCGCGAAUACCGAAUCGCUACCUGCAACUAGAACAACGUUGACCAGACCUAAGCGAACCAAGAUCUACGAUGUAGCUAAAAGCGUUCUGGAGAAGCAUUUUCGCCAAAAUCCGCACCCGACACCCAAGCAUACACCUGUCGAACCCAACAGUGGCAUUUCUGCGGCUGAUUUGGAGGCACUGAGCCACGUCUCGGCUGCCGGUAGUAAAAGCUCCACUGAGACCUGGCUAGAAAGCUCUGAAUACCCGCAUCCCCUUCCCGUAAUCGCAUCGCCUUCUGCUGGCUCUGGCUCGUCUCAACAGAGCAAACACAAUCGAAGGUCAGUCGACUCACGUGGAUCCCGUCGCGGUAGGAGGCAAUGGAAAUCUUACUUCCGGCGCUCUCGAAAUGCUAGUGCGUCGCGCAAAGUUGAAACACUUUUGGGUGAUUUCAGUGUCAGCGCUGUCGGAUACUAUGCCUACACGUGGCCCGAAUGCGAAAGUUCAUUCGUCACUCGAUAUGAAUGGGCCCGUCAUGAAGAAGCCAUACACUACUGCCCGUAUCGGUGGAGAAACACUUCUCCGCCUGCAUGA